AUGGAAACGUUUGAGUUUGUCUCUGCCGUUCGUGGCUAUCAUAUCUACAAAGAUAUUGGGGAGCCAUCUGUUGGUGAAAAACUCAUUGCACAUAGAGAGUUUGGUAAUCAGUUCAACAAAUUUGCUAUCAAAGUGCUCAACGACGAACAAACAGUGGGCCAUCUACCGCGCGAAUACUCGAGAAUAGCGUGGUACUUUCUCGCUCGUGGAGUAUCAAUUACCCUUGAAGUAACAGUUACACUGUAAACAACUUUGUGGGGGAAUGGAAAUUCCAUGCUGUGUAAGGUUCUCCUGUUCGAGAAAAGCGACCAUAAACUGUUUAAAAGACCUGUGAACAAAGAAGGUGUAACGGCAAGAAAUGUAAGCUUGAAAUAA